AUGUCGUCGCCCGUUCCUCUCCUUCGUCCACCGGUUCCUGGCGCUCGCAACAAUAACGGCAGCCCACGAGCCCCGAAGCUCACGUUAGGCAUCCCCCCCUCACCUAGCGCCAAACCCGUCAAUGGCAAUGCCGCCCCCGCCCAAGUACCUCAAAUCCAAACCCAACCCCAACCUCAGCCUCGUCCGGCGGGUCGACCAGCACCGCCACGACUGCAUCUAGCGACUCCUAUGGGCAGUCAGCAGAAUGUAUCCCAGCCAACCCUCAUGCCGAACGGUCGACCAGCCCCGCCCCCACUGAGUACAAAUGGCCUAGGAGGUGGAGGUGGUGCACCCAGUCUAAAAAUCCAGACCAACGGACCAGCCUCUUCAAACCCUUCAUACUCGACGAUUAAUUUCGCCAUGGGUCUCCGACAACCGGAUGGCUCGUCAGAUCCGUCCUCGGCCAUUAGUUCGGUGUACUCAGAUCGCGAGAACGGAGACCGUGAAAACAAUGUAAACGGCCUCCUCCCCGAUCUGGACAAAUUGAGUCUAGAGAAGGGCCGGCCCCUUGAUGUGGAUGAUCUCGAUGACGAAGGCUGGCACGCGGCCAGUGAACAGAAUAUGAUUGUUGAACUGGGUAGCCUGGGAGAGGGUGCCGGCGGUGCUGUCACCCGAUGCCGACUCAAGGAAGGAAAGACCGUUUUUGCAUUGAAGAUCAUUACUACAGACCCCAACCCGGAUGUCAAGAAACAAAUUGUUCGAGAGCUUAACUUCAACAAAGACUGCGCUUCGCACCAUAUCUGUCGUUACUACGGUGCUUUCAUGGACAAGUCCACUGGCACCAUCUCUAUCGCCAUGGAGUUCUGUGAAGGUGGAAGUCUGGACAGCAUCUACAAAGAGGUUAAAAAGCUUGGAGGUCGCACUGGAGAGAAAGUCCUUGGCAAGGUCGCAGAAGGUGUCUUGAAUGGGUUGACCUAUCUCCACAGUCGAAAGAUCAUUCAUCGAGACAUCAAACCAUCGAACAUUCUCUUGUGCCGUGAUGGCAAGGUCAAACUCUGCGACUUUGGCGUCAGCGGUGAAUUCGGUACCAAGGGCGACGCCAACACCUUCAUUGGCACUUCCUACUACAUGGCCCCAGAACGCAUUACUGGUCAAUCAUACACCAUUACAUCCGACGUUUGGUCUCUCGGUGUGACUUUGCUGGAAGUCGCGCAGCAUCGAUUCCCCUUCCCUGCUGAUGGGACUGAGAUGCAACCCCGUGCAGGGCUAAUAGAUCUCCUAACCUAUAUCGUCCGCCAGCCAAUUCCUAAGUUGAAGGAUGAGCCACAAAAUGGCAUUCGCUGGUCGGACAACUUCAAAUAUUUCAUUGAAUGCUGCUUGGAAAAAGAACCCCCUCGACGUGCGACACCCUGGCGGAUGCUGGAACAUCCAUGGGUGCAGGAUAUGAGAAACAAGAAGGUCAACAUGACGAACUUUAUAAGGCAGGUGUGGGAUUGGAAAGAGUAA